ACUGAACCAAAGGACCAGAGGAGAUGUGAAGGGACUGUUGGGGACCUGUGUGCACACCUCCAGUGUGGCUCAAAAACCCUCAAUAUUUUCCCCCCGACUUACACUCAAAAGUAAAGGGGACCACAGAGUCAAUUCCUCCAUGAGACCUAGAAAGAGCCCAGGAGGGAGGAUGGCUGAGUCCAGUGUGAACUCUGAUACACCUCUGCUUGAAUCCUCACAGGAAACGACUGGUGCUGAAGAAUCAAGACCAGUUUCUCCAGACCACGACGACACAGAAGAGGAAAACAACGAACCUGCUUCAGGGGAGUCUUCUCAGCUGUCUAGCUGCGCUCAACCACCACCUAGUGACGUAUCACCAUCCUCGGAGACCCUUUCCAAAGCAUUGUCCACUGCACGGCGUAUUGCCCACAAGUGCUCCCAGUGUGGAAGGUGUUUUAUCUAUCCAUCUCAAUUGGUUCAGCAUCAGCGAAUUCACACUGGAGAUCGACCCUACAAAUGCACACAGUGCGGAAAGACUUUCAGUAAUUCAACUGGGCUUUCAAAACACCACCAAAAACACUGUCUAGACGCGUCCUUCGAUUGCCCCAAGUGCAGGGAGAGUUUCAGAUCUCUCCGCAAGCGGUUCAGACACCUAUCUACUCACACGUCCCUCAAAUGUCUGUUGUGUGGAAAGAGUUGCCGGACGACUUCUGAUUUGCGAAAGCACCAGCAAACGCAUUGUGUGGCGCCUUCGCUUCAACUGCUCUCUCUGUGA